AUGGCUGGCUCUUCAUCUCUCAAAACCCUCAACUCCCUUCAUAUUAUCUCCAUGAAAACUUCUUCUUCUUCCUUUAGCUCCAUGAAAAUGAGAACCCUAGUGCAAAUGCAAACUUUCAUUCUCUCCCACUUGUACCGCAUUGCUCGCGGUCUCACAAAAGCAAAAGGAAUUCUAGUUGAAGUUCUUAAAGAUAUUCAACUGGUUCACUUUAUAGAUUUACCAGCCUUGAAACGGAACAAGAAUAAGCGUAAACUCUUUUUUGGUUCAUUUCGAUUGCACUACAAUUGGUGCUCUUCACAUGUGACGCCAGUGACAAUGCCAGUGCUCGAAAGUUGCUCCACUGACCAUGUUUACUAUGAUUCCACGUGGAAUUCGAUUAUUCCGACGUCUGAGUAUGACGGUUCGGAGCUUUCAUCGUAUCUCCGGUGGCUUGAGGAGAAGGGUCAUGAGAAUCCAAGCAAUGAAAUUGAUCGACUUGCUGAUUUGUUCAUUGAGAACUGCCAUGAGAAGUUCAGGUUGGAGAAACAAGAGUCUCAUAGGAGAUUCCAAGAAAUGAUGGCUAGAAGUAUAUGA